GUUCAUUCGAACAUAGUUUGUCGACUUCGACUUUAACCCCGUCGGACAGGCUAUCUACUUGUUGAGAAAAACUUCUUGUGUUGUGAACUUUUACUUUAAAGAAAGUUAAACUCUUUUUAAACAAAUAGCAAGAAAAUGGCAUUAAAUGGCGUAAAAGUUGUAGAAAUGAUGGGGUUGGCCCCUGGUCCGCUAUGUGGUAGCUUAUUGGCGGACUUUGGAGCAAGUGUAACAGUGGUGCAAAAGAUUAAUCCAACUCCAUUUGAUGUAAUGUCUAACGGAAAGAGAAUGUUAUCUGUAAAUCUAAAAACCAAAGAAGGUGUCAAUGUGGUAAAAAAGCUGUGCUCGACUUCAGACGUUCUUUUGGACACAUUCCGACCAGGUGUUAUGGAAAAGUUGGGAUUGGGUCCUGAAGCCCUUAUGAAAGAAAAUCCUCGACUUGUCUAUGCACGAUUAACAGGAUAUGGUCAAAACGGAUUCUACAAAAAUAAAGCAGGUCAUGAUAUAAAUUAUGUUGCCAUGUCUGGUAUACUCUCAUUACUUAGUAAAAAUAAACAACCCCCAACACCACCUCUCAAUCUUCUGAGUGAUUUUGCCGGAGGUGGGGUCCUUUGUGCUCUAGGUAUAGUAUUAGCCUUGUUUGAAAGAACAAAAUCGAACAAGGGGCAGGUAAUAGACACUAGUAUGACAGAAGGAGCAGCAUAUGUAGGCAAGUGGUUAUUUAAAUCAAGGGAAUUGCCAAUUUGGUCAGGAGAACCAGGUACAAAUGUUUUGGAUGGGGGAUUUGCAUGUUACCAGACAUACAAAACGAAAGAUGGAAAGUUUAUGGCUGUUGGAGCCCUUGAACCACAAUUUUAUUCAGAAUUACUGAAAGGGUUACAAUUAUCUGAAGAAGAAUAUAUUCAAGGUGACAAUAAUGAAUACUGUAAGGAAAAAUUCCAAGAAAUAUUUCUGAAGAAGACCCAAGAAGAAUGGUGUAAGAUAUUUGAACAGUUGGAUGCAUGUGUCACUCCAGUAUUAAAUGUAGAAGAAGUAGAUAAACAUAAAUUUCGGGCAUCCGAUACAUCUUUUCAUCGAGAUGAAAAUGAAAGGAUUGUACCAGAACCAGUUCCCAAAUUAUCUCGUACUCCAGGGAUAUCUAGUGGUCGUAAACCUUUGCCGGUGCCCGGACAACAUACUAUUGAUAUUUUACAUGAAUUAGGAUACACUAAAGCCCAAAUCGAUAAACUAAUUGAAAGUGAACAUGUUUAUGCAAUUAGAAAAUCGAAUUUAUAAUACUUACACAUGAUGCUAUUACUUUCUAUUAUCAGCACUAUUAUUAUAACAAAAUGGAUUUCAACUCCUCUCUGACUUGUUUAAAUUCUUCUUCCUUUGAUGAUAAUAUAUUACUCUCUAAAAAUAUUGGAUGUUCAACAAUUAAGUUCAUUACUUUAAGUAAAUUUUUUAAAUCAAAUUUGAUUAUGCUUGUAUCUAGAGAGUAUUUUUUAAAAACUUCACAUGAAUUCCCUUGUAAUUGAGCUAGCCUUUUUUUAGCUAUAUAUAGCAAAAAUGUUGCAAAAGCCAUGAAGUCCAUGCCAAAAUGGGAUUUAAGAAUUAAUUGACAAUCUGCAGGAAAUUCUGGUGUGCCUUUGCAUUCUUCUAUUUGAUUUUCUACUACCAACAAUGAAUGUGCUAAAGCUCUCCAUACAAUUUCUAUAUUACAUGCAUUUAUCCAAUUGUGGUUGACUGAAAUUGUAUGUGAUUCAUUGAAUACUUGAUGAUGCCAACCAGAAGGAACAAAUAAAGCAUCUCCCUUUUCUUGUAUGAUUUCAAAAUAUGUUAUAUUCUGAAGCUUUUCUGGUUCAAAUAGCAGCGGCAGAUUACCCAAUGAAUCCUUCAAUUUUUCUUCUUCGCCUGGAGGAAAUAAAAUCCACUUUUUUCUUCCAACAACAUUCACUGACCAACUGUAUGAACAAUACACAUCUUCAUGUAAUGGGGUCCUGAAACAGUUUAAUUUUCACAUGUAUACUUACACAUACAUAUCUAAAAUAAAGUUUACAAAAAUCUGUAUUUAUUAAGCAUUUAGUAUCAAUUUAAUUUCUUGGUUGUAAACAUAAAAUAACAAAUGGGGUAUGUGUCUAUGUGUGGUAUUAAAAAGGUGUAUACAGUUUUUAAAACUAUGUUUAUUAUGUUUCUGUUAUUCUUAUAGGAAGUUUGUAUAAAAGUGUCUAACUGACAAAAAACUAACAGAAACUUAUUCUGUAUUGGUGGAAAAGGUCCUUAUAUUAUGAUAUUGUUGUAUUAUUUUAUAAUUAUAAUUAUUAAAAAUAAUAUUAUACCUGUCUUCUGUAUUAUUUAAUACAACUGUAUAUAUAAUAGAGGUAAAAAUAAAUAAAGGUAAAUUCAAGAUGAG